AUGGAUGGUCUUUCUACUAGUUUUGAUUUGGCUGUGGCUAACAAAUCUUUUGAUGGUAUUUCAGCUGAUAACUGUGAAGUUACCCAUCUCAUGUUUGCUGAUGACCUACUUGUUUUUGGUUAUGCUACCACAGCCAAUGCUAACACACUCAAUUCCAUCCUUAAGGACUUUGCUUCGGUUACUGGUCUAAAGAAAAAACUUUUUACUGUGUCUUGGAAAAACACCUGUACCCCAAAACAGAAUGACGGCUUGGGUAUCCCGUCUAUUGAUUAUCUAUACCAUAAUUAUGCUUGCUCUAUCAUUUGGAGGUUUCUUAAUUCUAACAGCCUCCUUUUCUAUUGGUGGAGAGCAAAAUACUACUCACUUUGGAACUUUACUUCGGCUAAUAAGGCUCCUUAUUGGGAUCUUCUGUGUAAGAAAGCAAGCUGCAUAAGAAACUGCAUUUCUUUCUCUAUAACCCCAAGUAGCAACCUCUCUGUUAUCUGGGACCCUUGGUGUGGGGGGAAUUCCAUUGCUGAUUACCUGAAGGCCUCUAACUCUAUUACCAACUAUUCCAGUUACUUUAGCUGGAAAGUUUCUAAUAUUAUUCUUAGGGAUAAUUGGAACCUUCCUCAGUUUUUUGAAAGUCAUAUCUCCUUUAUUAUUAAGGCUGUUCCCAUCAGUUCUCUGGCGGAAAAUCAUUUUUGGGUUGGCAAACAAAACCCAGUGUUUGUUGAUUUAUAUAAACAGUUCUAUUGUAAUUGGAGCAAGGUUCCCUGGUACAAGUAUGUCUGGCACAAGCAUCAUGCCCUUAGAUACUCGGUAUAUGUCUGGCUUGCUUUUAAAGAUGGAUUAAAAACUUCUGAAUUUCUGGCCAAGAGAGGUAUUAACACUGCUGCCAAGUGUUGUUUCUGUCACGAUGAUACUGAAACCAUUUCUCAUCUCUUUUUUGAGUGCAGUUUCACUUUUGCUAUUGCUAAAUAUUUUUUACCUUGGCUGAACGUUCUUCUUAUGAGGCCCAACCUGCAUCAGCUAUACAAUUCUAUUUUUGAGCAAAGGUCUUUAGCCCAUAGCAGAAAUUAUCAUCUUCUCACUUCCUCUGCUAUCAUCUACUUCUUAUGGAGAGCUAGAAAUGAUCGAAUUUUUGGUGGCUAUGCCUUGAAGAAUCUGGUUUAUGCCUGUCGUGAUGAGUAUGUAAUGAAAAUUUUGGGGAACCUGCAGAUUUUGCUGGACUGCCAGGUGGCAUGGAUGUCUAUUUUUGAAAGGACGAUGAUGAUCGCUGAUUCUUAUCAGUUGCCCCUUGGAUGGUCGACUUGGCAACCAGGGGCUUUGAUCUUAUUUUGGCCCAUUCGAGAAAAUGACCCUUACCGACAACAAAGAGCAAUCUGA